AUGCUCAGCGCUGGCUCUCCCCCUCUGGCUCCAGGCGGACAGUUCAAGAAGGAAGUGAUGGUGGACGGGCAGAACCAUCUCUUGCUGAUCCGAGAGGAAGCGGGCGCCCCGGAUGCCAAGUUUGCCAGCUGGGCGGACGCCGUGGUCUUUGUGUUCAGUCUGGAGAACGAAGCCAGCUUCCAGGAGGUCUGGCAGUACUACAGCCUCCUGGCCAGCUACCGCAGCCCCUCGGAGGUGGCCGUGGGGGCUGGUCUCCCCCCCCCCCCAGGCAAGAUCAGCUCCAGCAACCCGCGGGUGAUCGAGGACGCGCAGGCCCGGGAGCUCUGCAGCGACAUGAAGCGCUGCCUCUACUACGAGACCUGCGCCACCUACGGCCUCAACGUCGACCGGGUCUUCAAUGAAGGUGACCGGGGGGAGGGGCUGGGAGCCAGUAACGGAGGCCACACGAGCGAUUAUUCCUCCUCCUUGCCGUCCACGCCCAACAUCAGCCACCGUGAGCUACGGAGCGAGGCCUCGGUCGGGAUCGGCACCCCCAGCUCCCUGCACCGUGGGGCCAAGCGGCGCACCAGCCUCUUCACGAACCGCCGGGGCAGCGAUUCGGAGAAGAGAAGCCUGGACAGGAGAGGGAACAGCGCGGGGAGCGGCCGGGACAUCCCCAUCAAGCAGAGCUUCCUGUUGAAACGCAGCGGCAAUUCCCUCAACAAGGAGUGGAAGAAGAAAUAUGUGACCCUGUCCAGCAACGGGUUUCUCUUCUACCACCCCAGCAUCAACGAUUACAUUCACAGCACCCAUGGGAAGGGCAUGGACCUCCUGCGCACCACCGUCAAGGUGCCCGGCAAGCGCCCCCCCAGGGCCAUCUCCGCCUGCAGCCCCUCCUCCAGCAUCAACGGCCUGGUGAAGGACGUGGGCGGGGGGCAGGUGCCCGAGGGUGGAGCCAAGACUAAAGCAACUCCCCCCUGCUGGUCCCUGAGCCCCGGGCAGCUCCGCCUCCUGCAUUGUCCUGCUCUCAGACCCAAGCUGACGCCCCCCUCGAAAACCGAGGGCUCGACAGGGCAGGCGGAAGCCAAGCGCAAAAUGUGGAAAUUAAAAACCUUUGGUAGUUUAAGAAAUAUUUAUAAAACAGAGGAGGAGAACUUCGAGUUCAUCAUCGUGUCCAGCACGGGCCAGACGUGGCACUUUGAGGCCGGCAGCUUUGAGGAGAGGGACUCCUGGGUCCAGGCGAUCGAGAGCCAGAUCCUGGCCAGCUUGCAGUGCUGCGAGAGCAGCAAAAACAAGGCCCGGAUGGACAGCCAGAGCGAGGCCGUGGCAAUCCAGGCCAUCCGCAACGCCAGAGGCAACUCCCUGUGUGUGGACUGCGGGGCACCGAACCCCACCUGGGCCAGCCUUAACCUGGGGGCGCUGAUCUGCAUCGAGUGCUCAGGCAUCCACCGGAACCUGGGCACCCACCUGUCCCGGGUGCGCUCGCUGGACCUCGACGACUGGCCUCGGGAGCUCACCCUGGUGCUGACGUCCAUCGGCAACGAGACGGCCAACAGCAUCUGGGAGAAGAACACCCAGGGACGCCGGAAACCCACGUGCGAGUCGUCCCGGGAGGGGCGGGAGUCCUGGAUCCGGGCGAAGUACGAGCAGCGGCUGUUCCUGGCGCCCUUCCCGAGCCCCGAGAUCCCUCUGGGGCAGCAGCUGUUCCAGGCUGUGCAGGAGAAGGACCUGGGCGCCGUGCUGUUGCUGCUGGCGCACAGCACCAAGGAACUGAUCAACACCUGCUCUGGGGAUGGGGAGCGGCGCACGGCGCUGCACCUGGCCUGCGACCUGCCCCACGUGGUCAUCACCCAGCUGUUGGUCUGGGUAGGUGCGGCCGCCCGCAGGCAGCCUGGGGGACCGUGUGUCAUGGGGGGCUGGGGGAUCUGCCGCCCCCCCCGGCAUAGGGAGGGGAAGGGGUGCAGAACUGGGCCCAUGUGCCCCCUGUCACUUGGCUGCGGGACCAGGGUGCCCCCUGCAGGGCAAAAGGGAGCGGGGAACAGUCCAGACACAAGCAAGUGGGUAGCAGAGCUCUGCUCAGGCCUGCGGUGA